AUGAAUACCCUCAACCCCAAAAACCUCGCCAUCCACACGAGCCCCCAAAAUGACCUCCGGCUCGUGGAAUCUGACAUCCCCUCCAUCAAACCCCACGAAUGUCUCAUCCACGUCCGCGCCACAGGCAUCUGCGGCUCUGACGUCCACUUCUGGAAACACGGACACAUCGGGCCGAUGGUCGUGACGGGGGACAACGGACUGGGCCACGAGAGCGCCGGGGUGGUCGUUCGUGUCGGCGAGGACGUCACGGACUUCAAGCCUGGCGACAAAGUCGCCCUCGAAUGCGGCAUCCCCUGCUCCAAACCAACCUGCACGCCGUGCCGAACGGGCCAAUACAAUGCCUGUCCCGACGUUGUCUUCUUCUCAACACCACCCCACCACGGCACACUGCGUCGCUACCACGCACACCCCUCCGCGUGGCUCCACAAACUGCCCUCCCACCUAACCUUCGAAGAAGGCGCGCUGCUCGAACCCCUCACCGUCGCCCUCGCUGGCGUCGACCGCUCCGGUCUCCGUCUCGGCGACCCCGUCGUUAUCUGCGGCGCCGGGCCGAUUGGUCUGGUGACGCUGCUGGCGGCGAACGCGGCGGGCGCGGAGCCGAUUGUGAUUACGGAUGUGGAUGAGAAUCGGCUGCGUAAGGCACAGGAGCUGGUGCCGCGGGUGCGCACGGUGAAGGUGGAAGUGAUGGGGGAGACGGCGCAGGAGGUCGGGGAGAGGAUUGUGGGGGUGUUGGGGGCGGAGGCGAAGUUGGUGAUGGAGUGUACGGGGGUGGAGAGUAGUGUGCAGGCGGGGAUAUAUGCAACUCGCUUCGGGGGCAUGGUGUUUGUGAUCGGAGUCGGGAAGGAUUUCCAGAAUAUUCCGUUCAUGCAUAUGUCGGCGAAGGAGAUCGAUUUGAGGUUCCAGUACCGGUACCAUGAUAUCUAUCCGAAGGCGAUUGGUCUGGUGGCGGCGGGUGUGAUUGAUGUGAAACCGUUGGUGUCUCAUCGGUUUACGCUGGAGGAGGGAAUCAAGGCAUUUGAAACGGCGAGUAGUCCGGCGGCUAAGGCGAUCAAGGUGCAGGUUGUUGAUAAUUAG